AUGGUGGACUACCUGGCCCUCCAUAAGCUCUGGUACUCACCGACCGUCCAGCGCAAGGUGCUGCCUACCGAUCCUCUCCAAGACUUUCUCACGCAUCCUCUCGACAUGACCGCGGCUGCGUCAAUCUGGAAGACGAAAUCGGCCGCUCGCCGCCUUCUCAAUAAUGUGGACGGGUGUAGACACGCGCCUGUGUUGGCUUACUACCACCUUCUCGUCAUCCCCCACUCCAUCCGCCGCUACGUUCUGCACGUGUCACUCAAUCAGCUGCAGGGUGACCUUCACUCUGACUCUUACCACCUCCUCACUGCACGCUCUCGCGACCACGACAUGAAGAAGGACGUCCGGUUCUCCCUCCCGACUGGUUUGGCUCAGCUUGUGCUGGUCCUCUGGCCGUACUUCUCUGCCACCGAUUCUCCGAGGAACAAGCUCUGGCUGAAAGAGCCCUUUCCCCAAGUCCCAAAGACGCUCAUCUGUCUUCUGUGGGCUGCAGCGACGACAGCACAGAGUGGCACGGUGACGAUCGUCAACGCAGACCGCCUCUCGCCUCUCCUGUUCGGACAGGAUCAGGAGCGCGCCGACGACCCCGACGAGGUUCUCAACAAGGGCAAACGCGUGAUACUCCAGCAACUAGGCUGCAUUAUCGACGGCCAAAUGUCUCACCUGCUUGACAGCAGCCUCUUUGAGCAGCGCGUCGAUGAGGCAUUCAAGCGCAUUCGCUUCGUCUCGCUCGAGACGUGGUGGGACGAGCUCGGCGACACAAGCCGCCGGUACGAGGGCCUGGCACUCGGAGCCAACAAGCUGGACGGAAACGAGGCCUACUCGCUGCAUCUGGUCGAGCAGUGA